UUUUUUGUUUAUAUGAACCAUGGCAGGGAGCAAACUUCCAAGAAUUGGCUCUAUUUAUGAAAGGUUGACUGGAAUUAUAAGAGCAGGUGCAAUGAAGGAAGAAGACAUACCCAUCUGGUAUGAUGUGUACAAAGCCUUCCCCCCAAAGUAUGAGCCAGCCUUUACCAGACCCCCAGUGGAGAAAGAAAUUAAACCUAUUUAUUACCCUGAGGAUAUCAUCAGAGGGAAAUUUUCCCAAAUUUAUGGCUCUGUCAGUGUUCAUAAUUUAUUGAAUCCCAGUCUUCAAUCAAAAUCUAUUAUGCAAAGGUUUGUUGAAAAAUAUCAAGACUUAGAAAAGAAUGGGAAAUUUUCCACUGAAGAUGAACUGUUUAGGGCUACUGAAGAUGCAUUAGAAGAUGAAGGAAUAACUUUUGUUAGGAAUCCAUCAGUCCAAAAUAGAAAAGAAAAUGCAGAAGAAGAAACUUUGAAUAAUGUAGAAUCUGAUGUAUCAAACAGAUAAAUUAGAAUUGUAAUUGUCAUUAAAGUUUUUAGAAUGUUAUAACAUAGUUUCAAAUAUUAAUAAAGAUCAUUUUGAAGUUGUC